AUGGUCGGGCAAACACAAGGUGCUUGUAUAGAAGAGGAGAGAAAGGCACUACUCCAAAUCAAAGCCUCCCAUAUGAAGUCGUAUGAUUCCAAUGUUGACCAUUUUCUCCCUACCUGGGUUGAUUAUGGUAGUAGAACCUCGGGGUAUGAUGGUGGUAACUGUUGUGAUUGGGAGAGGGUCAAAUGCAACACAACCACCGGGCAUGUAACAGAGCUUUCAUUUUACAAUUUAAGAUGGGUGAUAGACGAUAAUAUGGAGUUCGGGAACAAGUCGUGGCCAUUGAAUGUCUCCUUUUUCUUCAUUUUAAAGAGUUGA